UUUGCGCGCUCAGUUCUAGCGACUCAACGGGGGCAAGAGCACGCUGCAGGGGAGGGAGCGGCAGCCGCGCGGGGCGGCGCGGUGUCCGCAGGGAGUCCCGGAGCUCCCCGGGCGGUGUUUCCGGAGCUGCCGGGGCUGGGCAGGGCGCUGUCCCCGCGGUGUUCCCGGCGCCUCCCGAACGUGACUCCAGCCGCUCCCCGCUGCCCGGGCGGGGCCGCCCCGGGGCUAAAAUGGCGGCGGGCGCGCGCCUCACGGCCGGACACGUCCGCGCGGCCGCAUCAGGGCGGGGCCCCGGUCCGGCCCCACCCCGCGGCUCGCGCCAAGGCGGCCCGUGACGCGGCGGCGCGCGGCCCCGCCCCCGCGCGCCGUGUUUUCAAACCCGGUGGGCGGGCGCGAUUGGCCGGCGUGCGCUGCACGUGACCAACGGUCGCGGGAAAGCCGCGGAGUCCGAACGGCGCGCGGCGGAGCCGUUCCCGGGCAGCGCGAGCGGAACCGGCGGCGCACGCGGGCGGAGCGCGGGCAGCGCAGCGGGAGCGGCACGGGCGGAGCGGCCGCCAUGAGCUUCCUCAGCCUGCAGCGGGCGGCGCCGCCGCGGCGCGUCUCGGCCCGGCGGGCGGCGGCCCCGAUCCGGCAGAAGCUGCUGUUCCUGAGCGGCCACAGCGACUGCGAGGAGGAGGAGGAAGAGGAGGAGGAGGAAGGCUGCGGCAACAGCAGCGCCAACAGCACCGGUGAGGACUCGGCGUUCCAGGAGGCGGACUCGCCGCUCUCGGCCGCGCGCACCCCGGCGCGGAGCGACCCGCCCCUGCUGGAGGAGGAGGAGGAGGAGAUGGAGCCGGCGGCGGCGCCGCUGCCGGACGAGGGGGACUCGUGGGAGGAGGAGGGCUUCGGCUCCUCGCCCGUCAAGUCGCCCGGAGCCUAUUUCCUGCUCGACUCGCCCUCGCCGCUGGCCCCGCACAAGGGCCGGCGCUGCUGCGAGCGCUCCCCGCCGCACCCGGCGGCCGGCGGGUACCGGGGGGCGCGGGGCGAGGAGCCCGGCUCGCCGCUGCCCGACUACCCGGGCACGCCUCCGCACAAGACCCUGCGCAAGCUGCGCCUGUUCGACACGCCGCACACGCCCAAGAGUUUGCUUUCUAAAGCACAAGGUUUAGGCUCGAGCUCAGUCAAACUUCGGGGGGGCUCACUGUUUAUGAAUGUUGGGAAGUCGGAGAAGCAAGAAGAAGAUUUUAGACAAACACCUCAUGUGAACAUCAAUCCCUUCACUCCAGAUUCCAUGUUCCUUCACAACUCUGAAGGCAAAUGUCGUAGGAGGAAGAGGAUACACUGGAAUGACUCUUGUGGAGAGGACAUGGAACCAAGCGAUGGAGAGCCUGAAGAGGAAACCAUGAGACCUGCUAAGAGGAUAACAAUAACAGAAAGUAACAUGAAGUCACGGUAUGCAACCGAAUUCCAUGAACUGGAGAAGAUUGGGUCUGGUGAAUUUGGCUCCGUGUUUAAGUGUGUGAAGAGGCUGGAUGGCUGCAUCUAUGCAAUAAAAAGAUCCAAGAAACCCUUGGCUGGCUCAGUGGAUGAGCAGAAUGCUUUAAGAGAGGUCUAUGCACAUGCAGUUCUGGGACAGCAUUCUCAUGUAGUGAGGUACUACUCUGCAUGGGCAGAAGAUGAUCACAUGCUUAUACAGAAUGAAUAUUGCAAUGGUGGCAGUUUAGCAGAUGCCAUAAGUGAAAAUUACAGGAAUAUGCGUUACUUUACUGAGCCAGAACUGAAGGACCUGCUGCUUCAAGUGGCUCGAGGUUUAAAGUACAUUCAUUCAAUGUCCCUGGUACACAUGGAUAUCAAACCUAGUAACAUUUUCAUAUCUAGAACAUCAGUCCCGACUGUAACUCUAGAGGAAGGUGAUGAUGAUGACUGGUCAUCGGAUAGAGUCAUAUUUAAAAUAGGUGACCUGGGCCAUGUAACUCGAGUCUCUAGUCCUCAAGUGGAAGAGGGUGACAGCCGUUUCCUUGCAAAUGAAGUCCUACAAGAGAACUACACUCACUUGCCAAAAGCGGAUAUUUUUGCUCUCGCUCUGACUGUUGUCUGUGCUGCUGGGGCCGAACCACUUCCAACCAAUGGGGACCAAUGGCAUGAAAUUCGGCAAGGAAAACUGCCCAGACUACCACAAGUGCUUUCUCAAGAAUUACUAGAGUUACUAAAAGUUAUGAUUAAUCCUGAUCCUGAGAAGAGGCCUUCGGCUGUGGCACUCGUGAAGCAUUCAGUGCUUCUCUCUGCCGCAAAAAAGAGCGCGGAGCAGCUCCGGAUAGAGCUCAAUGCUGAAAAAUUCAAGAACUCACUCUUGCAGAAAGAGCUGAAGAAGGCGCAGCUGGCGAAGGCCGCGGCCGAGGAGCGAGCGCUGUUCACUGAUAGAAUGACCACAAGAUCCACGACGCAGAACCGACCGUCCCGGCUCAUAGGGAAGAAAAUGAACCGCUCCCUGAGCCUCACCAUAUACUAACCAUGGAGUCCAGAGGAACCAUGGAGUCCAGAGACGGCCACGGAAGCCUUCAAUUCCUGGUUUCCUGUUGUGGGAUCGGUACCACCAGUUCUGUAGCUAUUGGUUCUGGGUUUUUACUUGUACUCUGUGGCUGGUUUUAUAUUAAGCGUUUGAGUUAAUGGACUCGGUUACUCUCCUGUCUGUAGAGGGUCCUGGAUGUUAUUCCAUAAGCCUUUCGGUUACACUGUUAGAUGUUACGUUAUCCCAGGGUUAACCACUCUAGUGGUGUGCUGCUUUGUAGUGUUACAGCGUUGUAAUAUAAAGCAAUAUCCCUAAUCUUUUAAGAAGGAGGGAGGGGGCCUUACUUUGAUAGUUAAUUUUUUUUUUUUGGAGCCGAGGGGGAAUUAAUUUUGAAAGACAGGCUUUUAGGCCACCUACAGUCAAUGUACCUGAUGUCAGGUAGACUUUUGUUGUGAAUUUUAUUUGUGUAUUCAACUGGGAGCACUUUGUAGGCAUUGCAUAAACCACAGCUUAGGAACCUGUGGAAUUAAGUGCCAUGUGGAACUGCUGCUAUUUUUAGUUCAGUGUCCUUGCUGUAAACUGUAGCAUUAAAACAAUCAUUAUUGUGUUAAUAGGCUUCUUGUUAAAGCAAUUAAGUGAAACAAAUGUAAGCUGCAUUUUAGUGAAGGCAGCAUUUUUCUCUCAAAGCUAGUGCAUUGUGAAAAAAUGCACCAAUUUAAUAUUUGGACUCUGUAUUAGUGUAGUGCAAUUGUUAAUGUCUUUGCUAUUGAUGUUUUGUUCUUCUUUCUAAUAAGGUUCUCUGACUGUUCAUAUUUUCUUCAGUUGCCCAUCCUUGAGGCUAUUGUAUGUUUGCAUUUUUUAUGUUGGAAUAUUUGUAAAUAGUUGUUUAGUGUGUUCAGGUUGUUUUUCAUUGUUUAUGUACAUAAGUUUGAUCAAGCUUAUAGUGUACUAUACAGAAACUGCAGUCUGGGAUGCCAACAGACACAGCUUAACUAUUUAGUUUGAAGUUUCAAAAUGUGGAACAGAAUGCGGCCAUGGAACCGGUGCUGUUAUUGAACCUAGGCUGACAGAAGAACUGUUCUGAUUAUUGGCUUGUCUAUUCAUUCAUUUUACUUAAAACAAUGUUUCCCUUUUGUGCUCUAUUUGUUCUUACUAGUGUUGAAUUUGAAUAUUAAAGUUAAAAGUUCUGUUUGUUUAA